CACAAUAUAAUUUAAGAGGGACUAGUACAACAAGGUAAAUAAAUAAGUAGAAUAUACGUAGAGAUUUUGUAUGAUUGCCAAAUGCAAUCAAAUUAAAAAAAUCAAACGAUAUUACCCCAAAAAACUGUGAAAAAACUAAGGAAACACGCCGCUAAAUGUACCCGAUAAAGACGCAUGCUAACAUAUUCAUAUUUCUGUUGCUAAUUAACACCCAUAGGGUCAAACAAUAACAAAUGAAAUGCGUACGUUUAAAAAAAAAACAUAAAAUGAACAUUUAAAUAAAUACACAAAUGUAAUGUGAUAUUUGCUGCACUGGGUAUCACGAACCUGUCUCUCAGUGGAUUGUCGUCCUCAGUUCUAAAGACUCCAAUAUGACAAACAAGUUCAGACUCGGAGCAAAGAAAUUGAACUUCUAUACUACUACUAAAGGAAGAGACCGAUUUCAUUGAGCCGCAACUCCUCUGAAACCAUACAAAGUCUGAAAUAUUUGUGAUAUAACGUAUAAAUCUAGUGUUUUGUACUUCCUAAUUUGUCUUUGAAACAAUCUUUUUUUUCCACAGAAAACGCCAUUUUUUAAGAAAGUAUCCAAAUUCGGAGACUGUUAUCAAUCCGUGUCUUAUACACUUUUGCGCGUGCUCAGUCGACGUACUGCCCGCGAAAUCCAAGUAAAAGUAAGAAGAAAGGAUAGAAAAUAGGACAGUUAGGCCUAUAUGGAUCCUAUAUUGUAUUGCAAGUGCACCGUUUUGCUAAAUUAAACGACAUCCACCCUUUUGACUCAGGUGAAGAACUGUCCAAAAAUGAAAUGGGCGUUGAACGUGUCGAAGUGAUCCUCCCCCUUUUUUAUGUGUAAACACAGGUACCCGACGUCCGGACCCCUCCCGUAUCCCGUAUCCCGCAACCGUUGCCAUAAUAGCGCAUGUAAAUUUCCCGCGUCCCGCCCGACUUCGUUUCCCGUUUUCACGCUAAAUUAUUUGACUUUCACGUGUCACGCUUAAAAAAAAUCGGCCAAUCCCGUGUCACGCUUAGACCCCAAUGAGACCCACGUUAAAGACUGUAUGAUGACCACUAUAUAUUUUGUCCCUUGUCUUAAGUUUAAUAACUUGUUUUUAUGUAGAAAACAAGUUUAUUCACUUGAGAUGGCAAUGACGAGUUUAACAUAUCGUUUAUUUUGUCAUUUUCUGAUAAAUUAAUAAAAUUCAGGAUAUAGUUAAUUAUGUAUUUCCGCAAAAUUUGUAAGUUCUUCGUUAAUUCAACAAUUUAAUUAAAUAUAGAAUAAGAUGUGGUAUGAUUGCCAAUGAGAAAACUAUCCAACAGUCCAAAUGAGGCGGAUGUAUACAACAAUAGGUCAUCAUAGUUACGGCCUACGACAAUAAGCAAAACAUAAACCGUAUAGUCAGCUAUAAAAAAGCACCAAAAUCAAAAGUAUUGAGAACAAUGGGCCAAAAAUAAAAGAAAAAUAAUAAAAGAUUUUCGAAAAAUGUUGAGCCAAUAAAUGAAGAUUUGAUAAUAAUUAGUAAAAUUAAGAAAACAAUAGAAAAGAACAGACUAAGAAUUAAAGAAUAUUGAUAUUUAGUCUCAUAGAAUUUAUUUGAGUUUCAAAUUCUAUGAAUUUUGCUCUGAGACUACUGAAUGACAAAUAAUAACUGAUUUUUUUUACAUAUGUGAUAUAUGAUAUGUACAACAGUUACAAGAAUUUUCCGAAAAUCCGGAAUAAUUUGCAAAAUAGAAAGUAAAAAAAAAAAGAAAUACCAAGAAACUAAAGUUAGAACAGACGUUUGGAAGCUAAUUAAAAAACUGAAAUCAUUUGUACUAAUCAUGAAAACAUUAAAGAAAGGAUUCGAAGCCUUUGUGUGUGCACUUAUGAUUUUUUCUCUCUCUCAAUAGUAUCAAGUAAAAGUAAAGUAUUAACAAAAAUAUCAAACUAUAAGGUAAAAAAAAUAAAAAAGGGGAAAGUCCAUAAAACCCGACAAAAUCAAACGCUCGACUAUUUCAGCUAACGUAACGAAAAUAACUGUCAUAUUCUGACUUGGUACAUGCAUGAUUGAUUUCCCCAUCACACAUCAUUGGGUACGCUGGAACGGCGUUUUGCAUUUGCGCCGAUCUGCAUUUCAUUUGCGCCGAUUUGUUUUCUCAUUUGCGCCGAUUUUUUUUUUCAUUUGCGCCGAUUUUUUUACAGGUAAAUUACAGGUGAAUGUUAUUUUUCAUUUAUCAUUAUAGACCUCUUCCGUUCGCCAGUUGUACAAAUGUUAUGAAUUGUGAAUCAUAACAUGUAUAUAACUGUUGUCCUCUGCUCACCAAGGGGAGGUUGAAGUAGGAUUUUGAGCAGGAUAAGUCAAUUUAAAAGCACUACGUUCACAUACUUUAGAAUCAAGAAGUAAAAACCUAAGAUAAAAGCGCUCUGUUUUUACUCUGUUUAUACUAAAAUGACGAAUUAAAAAUCUAUUUACAACAUUAAAAUCCAUAACAACGGAAUACAUUAAAAUCAUAAAUCUGUUCUUGCCGAGUAUUUAUAGGCAACACAUCUAAUAUAUUCCUUUCUUGUGAUUUCGUCUCUAUAUUUGUCGUAAUUGUCAAUAACGAAGUCCAUCUUUUAUUUCUCUGGGUAACGUACUGAUGCGGGCAUUUCUAGAGUUCGCAUUUUAACAUACGUAACGGCUUGGAUUUUCUUAACUUAUACAUAAGUGAACAACGUUUAUAACCAGAUUGUACCAAUACAUAUUCAAGGUAUAGUACAUGUACAAAUAUUUACUCACCUGUGUUAAACUGUAAAUGCAAUUAGGAGCAAAUAUAAAAUCGGCGCAAAUGAAAAACUGAAAUCGGCGCAAAUGAAAGAAUGAAAAUUUAAAAAAUCGGCGCAAAUGUCAUACGCCCCGCUGGAAAUCUAAAAAUUUCGAAAACCAAAAUAUAAGACUUGAAAGAGCAUAAAACCAUUAUCAAAUUGUUCAAAAUUGAACAACCGAACCCAAUGAGGAUUUUCUUGAUUCUUGUCAUAGACAAAAAAAUUACAUAUGUCAGUGUGUGUGCAAGAAAUAUCGUCGAUCACGUCUCGCUUCUGUCAAUUUCAAUUAAGCACAAACAUAAGACACGUGUUUAAGUCAAGAAGUCGUAAUGAAGAAUAUGAAAAGAAGGGAACCGGUAAUUAUUACUCAAUACAUGUACUACGGAGCGAAUACUCGAGUAUUCCAGUACUCGUUAACAUCCAUAAUUUUCACGAAUGCGAAAAUCAUACAAGUGUCAAGGUAACUUUCAUACUGUUAUCUGAGACUGCAAUAAACAACUAAGUGUUAACAUUUAAAGGUACAUGUAGCUUCAGUCACAGCAAGCGAAGCGAACAGAGUGAGCUCUUAAAGCAAUUUGUAUUACAAUAUGUAGGUGAAAAUUAUUGACAACUCCACAGAGAAAACAGAUAUCAGUUUACUUUGAUGAACUUUAUUAGUUAUAACGUGCGAAAUUUCGUAUAACAUAUAUAUACAAACACUGAUUUUCUGGAAAUUAAGAUUACCGUUAAAUGUAUUUUUAAUAACUAUCUGUCGAAACCGAAAGAAAGAAUUGACCUUCAGUCUUUAAACCUUAUUUUAUUUCUGGCUUGGAUUUUCGUUGCGGGCAUAAAAAGGAAAACCCAAACACAGAAAUGUCAAAAUUAUAAUAUUAGCACCUUCACAGGUAAGCAAUCGAACAGGCAAAGAUAAAAACAAAUGGCAUUUGGUAUUAUUCCUUAAUUAUGCAGGGCGCCAACCAUUAACUUUAAAUUACAAAACAAACUAUUUUAUUCGCCGUCUUACAGGAAUAAGAACUAUUUUCAUCACAUUUUAUUAUAAAAUUUACAGCUGUUUAAAAUACAAGUUAACAACAAGAGCCACUCUAUAAAGAGUUAUGAGAGACUAAAAAAAAUUUCUUGAUUUAUAAUACAAAUACAAGUCAACUAUCAUGAGUAGCAUGUGUCUAAAGGCAAGUUAAACGUUACUAAUCUUCUAUAACUAUUUUAAGAUUCUUCUCGGAAUCAAUUACAUUACAAAGAAUAACUCCCGGAUGACACACCUGAAAUUCUAUACUUGAAUAUUAGUUCCUUGAAAUUAAAAAUUUAUUUAAAUAUUCAUAAUUCCCAUCUUGUUAAAGUUCCCACACUGGACCUUAAACUAUUGAAGUAGGUAUACAAAAAUUAUAAGAAAUUGUAAUUAUAAAAUAAAUAUUCAAUAUUUGAUAAUUAGCGAAAUCGUAAAUCUGACAGCAUUUCUAUUUUGUUAUAUCGAGCAAUUAAUUUAAUAAUCAUGUGCCGCUUAUGACUGAUUCUAUUUGUCUUCAAUCAACUACAUGUAGAAUGGGCCGUUUAUUAUGUAUUGAAAUUAUGUACGAAUUUACUGUGAGUAUAUUGCACAGGAUCGAGUUUGACAGAUACGGCUGUCUACCAGGCGCAAGGUUAAAUUUAGAGAAUGCUGAAAGACUGCUUUUAUUGCUUUUAACUUGAAAUUCUGUUAAUAUGUUCUGUCCUGAAUUGAUUUUUGUUGGGUUCCUUUCUCAUUAAUGUGUAUACAUAUACAUGUACUAUAUAUCUCCUUUUAUUCGUGUGCCAUUUUACUCUAUUCUUUAUUAUAUUUCCCAUUAUUUUCUUUGAUUCUUUUAAUCCUACAAGACCCUCAAUCGUAUUCUUAUAGCAGAAAUCUUUGUUUACAGAAAUCAAUGACCUGUGAAGAGUAUUAUUUUUAAAUUGAAUUGUAUGUUAAGAUUAUGAUUAACGUAAGUUAACUGCGUAAAUUUUAUUUCAUAACCUCCGACAACAUAUUCUAGUGUUUACUCCCCUUGGCCGUCGAUAGAUGGCAGCACCGUAGCCCUUUAAAAGCUUUGUUCCAAAGAUUUGGUUUCAUUCUCCAACUUGGCUCGCUCGCAGCAUCAUCAACUAUCGGACAACGCUUUGUAUUCACCGUAUUCUCGGUAACUUUUUAUAUAUCAGUGGAAUUUUUAUAUUUAUAUUAAUUCACUUAUUUAUUUGCAAAAUAAACUUUUGCUAAUGGCUGAUCGUGUUAGUAUACACGCAGCUGAAAGUCUUGCAGACUUAUCGGACGAUAGCGUCCAAGAUGGCGAUCCAAGUAGUCGAUCGGCCGCGUCCCCUACAAGUUCUAGUAAGAACAAGGGUAGAAAAAGAAGACGAGUUGUAAGUUCCUCAGACAGUUCGUCGGAAAGUUCGUCUGAUUCAAGUAGCAGUGAAUCAGACAGUGAAACUGAAAGUGAUACAGACUCGUCUUCGAGAACAAAGAGAAGUGUUUGUUCCGAAACUGUAUCCGCCGUCACUACAUAUGAACGUUUCAACCCGACUGCAAGUAGUUCAGCAGGUAAGGCGAUAUUGUCAAAAGAACGCUUGAAAUAUGCCAAAGCACAAUUUUCAACCUUCGUGAAAGACGAAAUUGUCGAAAAGAAUAUUCUGGAGCAUGCUCUGAUCCCCGACGAUCCACACUUUCAGUGUAAACAAAUAGACGAGUUUGUCUAUCCUAUAAUGGACAAAUUAAAUGCCGAUUUAGAUCGAGGCGCUGAAAAGGGCAUUCAAGGUGUCCAAAAACGUAUCUUUAGAAUAAUGGGCCCACUCUCGCAACUAUGGGAGAUGUCGGAUUCCAUUAGAGAACAUUCCAAAGAAAACCCAACAGUGGACAAUGUUGACAUAGCACACAUGUGUCAAUUAGUUGAAAAGACUGUAUGUUCUGUUGGUCAGGCAAGUCUAGCUGUAGAUCGGCAUAGACGAGUAAACACUUUACUGAAAAUAACCGAGGAUUACAAAAAAGCCAAAGAACUUUUGGACAAAAACGAGGAUGUAAUCUCUCAAAGUGGAAAUUGUCUAUUUGGGGAAGGCUUCAAAAAAGUCCUCAAAAAGUCGAGUAAGACCUGGGAAGAAGCCUCAAAAAUCGCCUUCAGUAUUAAAAAAGGAAGAAAAAAGAAGGGUGGUUUCAAGAAAAAGAGACGAGGGGGAUAUCACCACAUGAACUACAAUUAUGACCACGAAUCAAGCCAUGCAAGUCAUGGUACAAAACACAGACAUGCCAAUCCAAGGAGAGAAAGAGAAUCGCCCUUUCGAGAUGGGCCCUUAGCACGAGGGAGAGGAGCUGGGGGCAGAGGCAUGGCAAGAGGACAUGGUAGUGCAUACAGAGGUAGAGGAUAUAGAAGAUAAGAAAUUUCCGUUGGUGGAUUUCAUUAUACAAAAGAUCAAGAUCUGGUUGCUAUUUUAAAACAUAUUCCUGCCAUUGUUUGUUGUGCCAAAAGACACUGACUGUUACAUUUAUUUGUCAAUGUACACUGUUUUAUACCUGUUCAAAAUGUAAACUUAUUAGUUACAUGUAUAUAAAGUUUUGUACUUUCUUAUUAUAGUAUUUAUUUUAUUUUGCAUAGACAACUAUGGUUAUAUAGUUUAGAGUAAUUCAAAUUUUCUUCAGCUGGUGAUGCUUAAGCUCGCCAAGUUGGAGAAUGAAACCAAAUCUUUGGAACAAAGAUUUUAAAGGGCUACGGUUCUGCAAUCUAUCGACGGCCAAGGGGAAUAAACACUUUCAUAUCUUGUCUUCGGUUAUUCAUAAAAUUAGGAUUCCAUUACGCACACUUCGUGUGCUUAUGUAAUCUAAAAUUAUUAUUGUUUGUUGUUUAUUUACACGUAUAUAAACAAUUUGAAAUGCA